AUGAAACUACCUCGGAAGACUCACGAUCAAUCGAGGGGUCAAAUUUCCCAUAUUGGUCAACAAAGCCUAUCAACAAGUCCUGUAAGUUUGGUCUCGAUCAAGCUAUCGGAUCUAAGCCAAUCGCAUGAUCAGACGGCAAUCGCUUCGCCUAACCUUGGAAUCAUUGAUUCGGAGUAUCUAGGACUUCAAUUCUUGAUCUGCGAGUUCCUACGCGAUCAUAGAGGUACAGAGAACUACAUAUUUGAAAUUGGGACAGAUCGAACGGUUUGA